AGUUGGGUGGAAAGACACCAUGAUGCAAACUGUGAAGACUUAGUCCAAGUCAUGUGAAAUAAUAGAUGUAACUUGUUGCUUUUGGAAAAAGCACAAGAUAUGAUUUGAGAAAUUUGUUUGUGUAGUGGGUAUAUAUAGGAGAAUGGUGGUAAUGUUAUUUCAACUCAAAACCUAUUUUGCUUUGAAGUUUAAAUCAGAGCUGUGCAAAAACUUUGUUAGUCUUAUUGUUAUAGAAAAUCAGAAAAAGAAAAAGUAAUGGAGUUGCAGGGACGUUAUUGGUGGUGGCCGGUGGUGUUAGUUUUGGUUCAUUUUGGUAUGAAUGGGUGCUUUGGUUGCUGGGAGCAAGAGAGAAUUGCUCUCUUGGAACUUAAAGCUUCCAUUGUCAACUACACCGAUGAAUAUUAUUUUCCUCAUUGGGACUCAGUCGACAAAGAGAGUGAUUGCUGUGAGUGGGAAAAAGUCAAGUGCGACAUCACUAUUAGCCGUGUAAUCAAACUUGCUCUUAAUAAUACGAUUUAUUGGAGUGGAGAAAGUGGGGGAGGUUGGUACUUUAAUGCCUCUCUGUAUCUUCCAUUUGAAGAGUUCCAGUACCUCGAUUUGAGUUCAAAUUCCAUUCUUGGAUGGAUCCCAAAUGAAGGUUUUGAAAGAUUCUUUACGUUGGGCAAGCUGGAAGUGCUUCACUUGGGUGAUAAUAGUUUUAAUAACAGCAUUUUACAAUCCUUUAGUGGUACUAUUGCUUCGCUCAAGGAACUACAUUUGGAUUUCAACAUUUUGAAUGGAUCAAUCCACAUCCAAGACUUCAAAGCAUUUAACAACUUGGAGGAGCUCUACUUGGGCGGAAAUUAUAUCAAUGAUUUUGUGACAACGGAAGAUUCAAACAGCUUAAGUAAGUUGCAAGUCCUAGAUUUGAGUGACAACAAUUUUAAUGCACGAAUUCUUGAGUCAGUAGUUGCCUUCCCAUCGUUGAAGAUAUUAAACAUUGGAGAAAACAAUUUGGAAGGAUCGUAUACUACUAAAGGUAAGUUAUACAAUUCUUAGACUCUUAUAUACACAGUAAGAUAAUCAUUACCAGCAUAAUUU